AUGGCGACUCUUCUCCAAAUCCUCUUCCUUCUCCCUUCAAUCAUCAUCAUCUUCCCCACCACAACCGCUGCCGCCGCCUACUCCCACCUCUCUCCAUCAACGACAGAAGAACAACUACCGCCAUACAACUUGUCCACUCUCCUCUACACCCUCGGCUUCCAUGAUCUCUCAGUCGCAGCCACUUCCCCUGCCAACCUAACCACCAUUUUCGCCCCCACCGACGAAUCCCUCCGCUCCUGCCGUUACUGCUCCACCUCUCUCCUCCUCCUUGAACACUCCGUCACCGGCCUCUACCCUUACCACCUCCUCCGAUCCUUAACCUUCGGCACCAAAAUUGAAACCCUAGCUUCCACCCCCACCACCCCUCUCUGUCUCACUCUCACAAAAUCAACACCGCAAAACCCAUCCAAUGAGCCUACGCUAUUCGUCGGAGGCGUCGAGAUCACACGGCCGGACCUUUUCAACGAUGGUAACGUCAUCAUCCACGGAAUCCAAGGCUACCUCGCUCAUCUCUCCCCGUUUUCCUGCCAGAUCGAACGGAUGACUUCUCUCUCAUUCCCUUCGCAGCGGACCUCCGCCUCGCCGUCGACGAUCUCUAUCAUGCGCGAAUUCCUUAAAGACGCUAUGACUAGCCUCCGCAUGAACGAUUACACCGUGCUCGCUCUCCUACUACAAGAAAACUUCGAGCAGCUGAUGCAAUUGAACAGCAUGACGAUAUUCGCCGUCGACGACGGCGGUGUGUUUGGAGAUGGACAUACAUACGUCUCUAAUUUCAGGUUCCACAUUGUUCCUAAUCAGAGACUGACGGCCUCUGAAUUGCUCAAUCUGCCUGUCGAUUCGGUGUUGCAGACUAUGGAACCUGGUGAGCGAUUAAGAGUAACGGUGGCUGGCGGCGGAGGUCCCAUGUCGCCGAUGAGGAUCAAUAACGUCAAGAUCACGGUAACCAAUAUAGUGUUUAACCAGGGGAUCGUCGUCCAUGGAAUCGGAGCUCCGUUUCCACGUGUCCAUCUUACAACGAUGGGAUUUAUGGCGGAUCGGACGGACCCAGUACUCCUUGGGCCCACAGCAAAUGACUAUUAG